GAAGCAGCUAUAAAAGCCAAGACAGCUAGGGUUUUUUCACUUCUUCAUCCUGGUACGCAUUUUUCCUCGCCGCUCGCCACCGUCUCUCUUUCUCUCUACUGACAGGUAUGGCGACAGCCGUGGCAGCCACCGGGACAGCACAGCCAGAAGGAACUCAACCUCACUUCGAGGUCAAGCUCUUCAACCGGUGGAGCUUCGAGGAAGUUCAGGUCACUGAUAUCUCUUUGAGUGACUACAUUGGUGUCCAAGCUGCUAAGCAUGCGACCUAUGUGCCACACACUGCUGGGAGGUACUCAGUUAAGCGUUUCAGGAAGGCUCAGUGCCCAAUUGUUGAGAGGCUUACAAACUCACUGAUGAUGCAUGGCCGUAACAAUGGAAAGAAACUCAUGGCAGUCAGGAUUGUGAAGCAUGCCAUGGAAAUUAUUCAUCUCCUGACUGAUCAGAACCCAAUUCAAGUCAUUGUUGAUGCUAUCAUCAACAGUGGACCCCGUGAAGAUGCUACUCGUAUUGGUUCUGCUGGUGUUGUCAGGCGUCAGGCUGUUGAUAUUUCUCCUCUUCGUCGUGUGAAUCAGGCCAUCUAUCUCCUGACCACUGGUGCCCGUGAAUCUGCAUUCAGAAACAUUAAAACUAUUGCUGAAUGUUUGGCUGAUGAGCUUAUUAAUGCUGCAAAGGGAUCAUCAAAUAGCUAUGCCAUCAAGAAGAAGGAUGAAAUCGAGAGAGUUGCCAAGGCCAACCGUUGAGGAAUUAGAAGAGAUUGCACACCAAUGGAGUGGAGAAUUUUGUUAUUUUUAAUCAGCACUUGAUAAGUUGGUCUUUUUUGUCUCUUGGACAUGCUAAGAAUGUUUUGUUUGUUUUUCAAGUUGACAAGUUAGUUUCUGGUUAAAAAGGAGUUUGUUUUAGUAGAUAAUAUUAAAGAAUGCAUGUUGGUUAUUGAUUUAAUAUGAGAUGCUUUUUCCUAAAACAUGGUUGAAUCCUAAAUUUCAGUAGUUGCUGGUGAUUUCA